AUGUUGUUGGAUUUAUUGGCUUCCAAGGUUUCGGGAGCUGUCCUGAUUGAUAGUUAUACAAAUCACGGUCUCAUGAUGUUUGAUGGUAAUACUUUAUGGUUUAUCGCUGGCUUGUAUUCGGGAACUGAUGGAAAAGCUUACUGUAGUCGACAAAUUAAACUCUGCAUUGACCCACCUUUGCCGUCAGAUGAGAAAUUUAGAGCAAUGUUGGUGAACAGGAAUGGCAGCCGUGUAGCACUUUCGAGUGCACAUUCAGUGUUUGUAAUUGAAAUACCGUGUGAUUGUUGGUGUCGACAGUCUGUAAUACAAAAUCCUUUAAUGGAUCAUUUACAACCUACUUAUCAUUGCAGGAGCCGAUUUGUUGGCUCUCAUACUUCGUCAGUAAAUACUGCGGUUGAUAUUCUUAAAAUGCGGUGGUGUUGGAAGGGACACCAUAAAUCCGGACGUCAUGCUUACAAUAGGUUGGCUGUUCUUUACAGCGGAAAUAUUGUAAGGAUUUAUGAUACUGACGUGACCUGUACUAUACCUGCAGUUAUGAUCGAUUUUAAAUCGAUUCCUGGGCUGUGCGAAUCAAGUGGCGUUCGUUCGUUUGGCGUGCAUAAUUACAUAGCCUCAUUCGAUCUUGGACCAUCAUUUGUUCGUGUGGAUAAUGAAAAUGGUGCAGAAAUUAGUUUGAAAACAUUGUUUGCUAUUGAUAACGAUUGUGGUGACAUUUACAUUGCCGUUUAUGUAGACAGUAGAGUUAUUGAGAUCCAGGGACCUCUUGCAUUAACAGGAACCAUACCAGGAGAUUUUGCUUCCAGUGGUGCCUUCGAUGUGCUUUAUAUACAGUAUCAGGAAAGAACAUCAUUACCGGUUUUCUCGUUAAUAUCUUCUAAUGGAUGUAUCACACAUUUCCUUGCUUUAAUACUAGAAAAGGGAGCUUUCAACGGACAUCUGGAAAUUAUUCUUGUUUCCUAUGAUAAUAUUUUGCUACCUUACAAACCGCUUGCUAAUAUUUCAUAUUGCUUACAGAAUGAUCCUGUGCAACCUGGCCAAUAUUUUGUUGUUUGUGGAGCGAAUCUUUUUUCCAUCAAUAUUAAUCCAUGGGUUCAUUUGUUAUCAAAUUUGCUACUAGAAAAUGCAAAUUACGAAAAAAAUGCAAGCGAUUUGCCUGAUUCGAAAAUCCAUCACGUGUUUGUUGUUUUGGGAAGCACCGAAGCAAAAGGGAUGGCAGAUUCUAUAACAUUUGCCACUACUGCUUGUGUUACCAAAGAUGAAUCUUCAGUUUCCGCUGAUAUUUGCAAAGCUUUCAAUGAGAAAGACAUAGUUUAUAUAGCGGCUACUUCCUCGAAACAGCUGCUUCAUAAAUUUACCAGGCAAGAUACUGUUUGGUGUGAUAAACGUGCAGUAGUUAGACAGCGUAAUGUGCCUAUCGAAGGAAGAACUCAAGACUAUCUUCUUGAGGAAUGUCUGAAAAUCUUUCAAUCCCAAACUGUAAUACCAAGUUUUAGGUUAAAUAAAUCGGUAACGGAAGCUGAAGCUAUAGCAGUAGCUAAUGGCGUUGUACAAGCCUUGGUAGAAAACAUGAGAGUCACACAAGUCGCUUAUAAAAGAAUUCAGGAUAUAAUUACCGAAGAUAUCAAGAGUUUGGAAGCAGUAAAUAAUAAUAAAUCGACGUGUACAGAACGCUUAUUACGGGUACUCUCUGCAUAUGUUGAUCUGAGAAACCAAAUUUAUAAAAUUCAGAGGACAGUUGCACAACUGAAAAAGCGAAGUGAUGAGAUUGGCUCGGGUCUUGUGCAGAAAAUGUUUCCACUAACAGAUCCAGAAAAGGCUUUGAAGGAUAAAUUGGAAACGUUGCGUAUCAAGGUCGAUGGCGUCACGCGGCAGUUACCAUAUCUUGCAGCUGAAGUGGCCACUAAACGCCGUGAUCGUUUUGGUCCCGUCCGUUCAUUUUGUGCAUCGAUGAGUGCACAAAAGUUUAUGCUGUCCAAAAACACAGAAGAUAUCAAUGAAAUGGUUAGUUGGACCAAACAGCUCGUCAAAAAAACUGAUUCCAUACAAGCCAGCAUAGUUGUUGAAGAAACGCUUUCUAGCUCACCGAAAUCUCAAUGUGAAUGA